AUGGCUUUUCAGCGCAGGACAUUCAAACGGCCGCCUCACAGUCUUCAGCCAAUCAGGACUGCGAGAAUUCUCUAUAAAAGGCCAGUGGCCGGGCACCGCGUCUUCAUUUUCGUCUGACUGCCUGAGGUUGAGGAAUGGCUCGCACCAAGCAGACAGCUCGCAAGUCCACUGGCGGGAAGGCGCCCCGCAAACAGCUGGCCACCAAGGCUGCCCGCAAGAGUGCUCCGGCCACCGGCGGCGUCAAGAAGCCCCACCGCUACCGCCCCGGGACCGUCGCCUUGAGGGAGAUCCGGCGCUACCAGAAGUCCACCGAGCUCCUGAUCCGAAAGCUGCCUUUUCAGCGCCUCGUGAGGGAGAUCGCCCAGGACUUCAAGUCCGACCUGCGCUUCCAGAGCUCCGCCGUCAUGGCCUUGCAGGAGGCCAGCGAGGCUUACCUCGUGGGGCUCUUCGAGGACACCAACCUCUGCGCCAUCCACGCCAAAAGGGUCACCAUCAUGCCCAAGGACAUCCAGCUGGCCAGGCGCAUCCGCGGCGAGAGGGCUUAAGUACCCUGAUAUGAAAGUAGGGGCUCCUACAUUGAAACAGCAACACAAAGGCUCUUUUAAGAGCCACCACAUUAUCUUAAAAAGUGCUCUUUCACGUUUUCUGAUACAGUAUACAGGUAUUAAGUA